AUGCUAUUCCCCCAGUUGACCAGAGCUGCCGCAAGAGUGGCCUCGAAGAGAGCUUUUUCCGUUACUUCUAGACAGUGUGGGGUCCAUUUCAAAGAAGGUGUUUACACGAACAUCCCGGUGAAAGUACACAACAGAAAGAUCCCAUUUGCCUUGAUCCAUUUCGGAUGGUUCACGCUGGGCUUUUUGGUGCCCUUCAUUUCUUCGUACGUGCAAUUGAAGAAAUCCGGUGUGUUGUAG